ACGGGCAAAAAUAGGCUGGAUCAUAUCAGCCCUUGUAACAUAACCAUAAUUCUUUUAAGGGCGCAUAUAAUUGGUCUCUCAUCAUGCUAAGCACGCUUGUAUAUAUAUGCAACAAACUUCUCCAACAACUGGAUCAGCUAACUAGCUUAAUACUAGUUAUAUUCCUUUCUUUAAGCAUCAGGAAAUUAAACACUGUGAAAGAGAGAGAGAAAAAGAAAAGGUUUAGAUAUCGCUUUCAGGCAUGUCGGGUUCUUUCGGUUGUGUGAUGUGCGCCUCCUCAACCGCAUUUCAUCAUACACCUUACAUGCACCCACGUCGUCUCGUCUCGUCUCGUCGUCCUCCUCCUCACUAGCGGCUACCCUUAUAAACCGCACACGAGCACACCGGCCCUCCACUCGAUCAUGGUCAUGGCCGGCGCGAUGGUCGCUGGUGCGGCCGCCGCCGCUGCGGCGAUUCUUGCUCUGAUGACGACGACGCAGCACGAUCGGCUGGGCGAGGAGUGCGACGCGGUGGUAGCGCCGGCGGCGCAGGAGUGCGCGGUGUGCCUGUGCGAGCUCGCCGGAGCGGCGGGGUGCUCCGAACCCGAGGCGGCGGCGGCCGCCGUGCGGACGCUGCCGGGGUGCGGGCACGGGUUCCACGCGGAGUGCAUCGGCAGGUGGCUGCCGUUGCGGGCCGAGUGCCCGAUCUGCCGCCGGCCCGUCGUCACCGGCGCCGACGGGCAGGCGCCCGUCGCUGUGGCCGAAGCUGCGGCGGCGGCGGCGGCGCCGGCGUGGUCGAGGGCGGCGAGGAUGGCGUGCGAGUUCGGCGACGGGCGGGUGGUGUGGACGCGUAGCCCGUCUGCGUAGGAGCUCUGAUUGAUCAUUAUUAGCUCGAUCAAAACAAUAGCCUCCAUUUCUUUUCCAUAUAUUGUUACUGUUUGCUAAUGGUUAUUACUCUCUCUCCGUUCAUUGUUCCUGUAAGAGAUGAUAUUUCUAGGUUUUUUUUUUACGAAACCUAGGUAAAUUUUCUCCGAGGGCUGACUAAAUUUAUAAAAAAUAUAGUAAUAUAUUA